AUGAAAGAGGAAGCAGAUAUAACAAUUACGACAUUGGCAAUCACUGAAGUUGGUAAAGCGCAACUUAUAGUUAAACAUUAUCAUUGGAAAAAUUGGCCUGAAAGGGGCUUUUCGGAUCCGUCACUUACGGUUUUCAAUUUGAUAUGCGCAAUUCGAAAUUUCAAAAAACCAAUCGUUGUGCACUGUUCUGAUGGUAUUGGCCGAAGUUGUAUUUUUGUGGCCAUUGAAUACACACUGCAGAGAGUGCUGCAAGGUGGAAGCUGCGUUGAUCUGAUAGAAGUGGUGAAGGAAAUUCGAAAUCAACGUGCUAUGGCUAUAAGCACUCCUACGCAAUACAUUGUGCUUAAUCGUUUGUUACUUCAAUUCUUUCAUGAACUCAAUAUCGUUGACAUGUCACAGCGUUUACUCGAAUUUAUUGAUGAUUACGAUGCAUAUGCAAGAAGACAUAAAGACGAGAAAUGA